GAAUCUGGGGAUUCAUAGGCGGGAGUUUCGGCUUGCACUCAAACGUUGACAACGGGAACAUAAAUACCGUUGUGCCAAUGUUAUUGAGCAACAAAAAUGAGCACGAAGCAAGUCACCUGCAGGUAUUUUCUCCAUGGUGUCUGCCGAGAGGGGAAUAGGUGUAUGUUUUCUCAUGAUCUUAAUACCAGUAAACCUUCAACUAUCUGUAAGUUCUACCAGAGAGGUGUCUGCGCGUACGGAGACCGCUGCAGGUAUGACCACAUCAAGCCGGCUGGAGGGGGAGGAGGCAGAGGUGUGCCCAUGGAUCUCCCUAACAGAAACCCCAUUACUGCCGGGGCCUUCAUUCCCCCUGGUGUGUCAGUCCCUGCUACUCCAGGCCCUUCUGCACCCCCAACCAGGCAACAUGGUGGAAAGAAGCCCCUGGUGCUAAGAGAUAGAGCCCUGGGUUGUGACAGCAGAAUGAUGUCCUACAGUGGCGACGGCCCGGCCGUGUCAGAGACAGAGUGUUGGCCAGAGUACCGGGACGACAGUGGUCAUGCCAAGGUGCCUCACUCCUACCUUGACGCCAUCCGGACUGGUCUGGAGUGUUCGGCCAAUGCCAGCCCCUAUCCUGUCCCCCUCCCGGGCCCUAGGGGGCCACAGCUCUGCCCCUACGCUGCUGCAGGACAGUGUCACUAUGGAAACACAUGUCCCUAUCUCCAUGGUGAUCAGUGUGACAUCUGCCGUCUGCAGGUGCUCCACCCACAAGACCCAGAGCAGAGGAGAGCUCACGAGAAGAUGUGUAUGUUGGCUUUUGAAGCAGACAUGGAGAAGGCGUUCGCAGUGCAGAACAGCCAGGAGAAGGUGUGUGCCAUCUGCAUGGAGGUGGUGUAUGAGAAAGCUGCAGCCUCUGAGCGACGCUUUGGGAUUCUCUCAUCCUGCUGCCACACUUACUGCCUCUCCUGCAUCCGCCAGUGGCGCUGUGCUAAGGAGUUUGAAAACAAGAUCAUCAAGUCCUGUCCGGAGUGCAGAGUGGUGUCUGAGUUUGUAAUUCCCAGUGUUUACUGGGUGGAAGACCAGGAUGAGAAGAACCGACUGAUCGAAGAGUUCAAGUUUGGAGUCAGUAAGAAGCAUUGUAAAUACUUUGACCAGGGUCGGGGAACCUGUCCUUUUGGAGCCAAGUGUUUCUACAUGCAUGCUUACCCCGAUGGGACGCGGGCCGAGCCGGACAAACCCCGCAAGCAGCUGGGCUGUGAGGGGAAUGUGAGGUUCCUGAACUCUGUGCGUCUGUGGGACUUCAUCGAAGAACGGGAGCAGCGUGGUGUUGCCCAGCCGCAGGACGACGAGGUCAGCGAACUGAGGGAGCUAUUUAUGCAGAUGUCUGGCCCAGGAGGGGAGGAGAGCAGCGGGGUUUCUGCCCAGCCCUGAGCUCUUUACCAGGGGCCCAAACUACAGUACCUGUUUCCCAGGCCUAACCCUGUCCCAGCCCAACACUCUGACCAAUGGCUCAUAUCAUACCUUCAUACAUCCAAACAUGCAUACAUACACUGGACAAUAAAAUGUACUCACUAGUAAGCCUUUCAUGUGGAUGGUUUGAGGCUUUUUUAAAUGAUAUUUUUACUUGUGGUACAUUGGUGUGGGGAUAAAAACCUAGUUAAUAUGUACAAAGCUGUAACAGUUCACUUAUAGAAAGCUGCUUUACAGUGUCAUUAGAAAAUAUUCAGACCCCUUCACUUCCUCCACAUUUUGUUGUGUUAAACUUAAUUUAUAGUUGGUAAAAUAUUUUUUGACAUAAUGACAUUUUAGAAAGGUGCCAAUUCAUUGAAAAUGAAGAACUGCAAUUUCUCAUGUCCAGAUUGAGCUCUGAUGUAUCAUGUGUCCCUUGAUCAUCCUUGUAACAUUUCUAGAACUAGGUUGGAGUCAACCUGAAACAAAUGAAAUUGAUUAGACAUGUUGUAGGAAGUCACAUGUCUUGUCUAUUUAAGGUCCCACACUUCACAGUGGAUGUCAGAACAAAAACCCAGUCAUAAAGUCUAAA